CCAAGUAGUUUGUGGCUGCAUUGGAAAAAAACACAAAUAUUUUUCACAAAUAAUGUAAUAUAGAGUAAUCAUAUUGUUUAAAAAUCACAAUCAUUCAUUUUUUUUUAAAAUUUUCUAACAGCAGUGAUGCAACUGUAUUUAACCCGCCGAAAAAAAGCAAUCUUGCGCAUACAACGAUGCGCAACCAUUGGUCAUCUUUGCGCGCGGUACCUUCAAAAUGAAUAAAGGAUGAUUGCAUCGCAUUCACCGAAAUGAAAGUUCUAUCAUGUCCCUGUGCGAGUCCUUACGAACACGACCAACUUGGCCUCUGCCAAGUGGGGUACAUAACAAGAAGGGGGAUGCAGGAACUCAUGCGCGACAUUCUCCCAAGACAUUUAAAGUGGAACAGUUCCUGGUUGUAUCUAGUAAAGACGCUACGCGAAUCCUUUCCGAUAAAUACCGAAAUUUCUCUCUUUUAUAAAUGAUCAUCUGUGUAUAACAUUAUAACAAACAGUGUGAAACUAGUGAUCGAAAUUCUGCAAAUACUAAUCGCAAUGUUGACGGUGAGUGUCACGAUACGAUUACGGAUAUUUUUCUAAAAUAAUUUUCUAUAUUUUUAUGUAUAUUUACAAUAUCACUACUACAAUAAUUUUAUCUUAAAGCAUCGAAACGUGUAUUGUGAUUGAAAAUAAAAAUAAAAAUGUGAUCGACACGCAAAUGAUAAAUAUUUCCAUAUAAUGAAACGAAGGUUAUGCGUUUCUAUUGUUUCUAUAUAUUUAAUUGAAUACUUGACUGGGUUAAUUGAUAGAACAUUGCUUAUUGAUAUGAUUGAACGUUGACAAUUUUACUACAGCUGACAGAACAUCGAUAUAUAGUUAAAAUUUUUUCUAUUAUUUUCGCUCGCUGACUUAACGUUAUCUUAAUUAAUUAAUGCCUAAUAUUUUGUGUUUAUAUGCAACAUAUAUUGUGUUUAUAUUUUCUAAAAGCAAAUGAUAUUCUUCGCAUAUAUAUAUCUAUAUCGUUUCUAUAAAAACAUUUAUUUUUAUCUUCAUAUUUUUUUCUUUUAUUUUUUUCAUUUUAUUGCAAUAGUCUUUUUUGUUUGGAGAAGCAUUGAAAAUAUAUAAUACAAGUGAUUUUUUUUCCAUUAAGAAUUUCGAUAAAAAAAACAUUACAUUCAAAACAUGCAAAUUUAUUUAUUAACGUUGUCCAUUAAUUUUGAAAAACUUUUUAUCGUUCUUGUAUUGUAUUUCAUUUUACUACUUUACAAUGAACAGAAUAAUAACAACCACUUCCAUUUUGCAAGUGAAGGUAAGCAAAAAGAAAGGCGAAAGGGUGGUUUAACACGCAUCAUCGAACAUAUGAAUGUCUUGCUAUUUUAAGCAUAAUAAGCACACGCAAAUAUGUUAAUUGUGUAAGAUCGAGUUUUGCAUAUAUAGAAUUGUUGCAUAUUAGAUAAAUAUAUUUCGAGAAAAUAGAUAUACAUACACAUUUCCAAACCAACGUUUCCAACAAAUUUUUUAUUAUUGACUAAAUAAUUAUUAAUCAUUGACAUUCCGUUAACCGAAAGUAAACAUUUUGAAUUGACAAUCUUUAAUAAGUGAUAGUAUACUUGGUGAAAUAAUGGCAUUAAUACACUACACAUUCGCGAACCGGUAAAUCCGAUGAAAACUAUAGAUAUCCAAGUUGGCCAAUAUCGUCGAAUAAUUGAUUCGUGAAGGAAGAAAAUAACCCUAUAAAUCGGUCAGCGAUAAAUAAGAUGAAAAUGGUGGUCUUUCUAGUUGCAAUAGCAGCAACUAGAGCUUUGCCUCUCUCGAAAGUGCACGUGAAAUUUAUUUCUCCUCCGCAUGUUUAUGAACACGGUAUUACAACAGAUGGAGAUAGAACAAUAGAUCAGAGAUCUUACGUUUCUAUUGGAAGAAAAAGCGCAACGGGAAAUGCUAAAGAAUAUGGACAACGUUUACGCAACAAAGAUAUCGUUACACCGAUUCAUAUUAAACCGGAAAAUGCUGAAUCUCUGUGGCCUGUAGGCGUUUUCAUUCCACCGAUAGAUAUCAACGAUCUCGGCUAUAGUUCACAAGAAUCAAGACAUGCGACACCUGAUUUCUCCAACGGACUUGAAUAUCAUGAUCCGUAUCUGUUGACCGGUGAGGAAGCAAUGCUAGCUGUAAAAUAUCUUUAUGAUCAAGGUGAAUUAUUUUAUGACGAUAUUCCUCACGAAAGAGCAUUGUUAAAAAAUCAAGAAGAAAGAAGACGAAACGGUCUUCACGAUCAUAUAUUAAGAAGUUUAAGGCUAACAUCUUCAUUCUCUAGGAAAUCAUAAUGUACAGGAAUUUUAUUUAUUUACACUAAUUUUAUUUAUUUGCUAUUGACUAUUGAACGUUAUAUCAUAAAAAGAUGGAACAUCAUAAGUGAAAUCUAUAUGCUUAUUAUCAUUUGAAAAAAGCAAGCUUGUUUCGCAUUUUAUAAAACUAAUGAGAAUAAUUAUAUAUAUAUAUAUUUUUUUUUUUUGCACAGUCGGAAUUUUAAUGCAGCUAUAAGUGUAAUGAGACUAAUAAGAUGACUGUGUAUUGCGCUAUUAAUAUAAUAAAACAUUGUAUCAUUUUCUGUACAAAGUUUUACAAAUAUUUAUUAUGUAAAAUGUAUAUACCUCAGUUUCUUGUGAUUAUCAUACAUAAAAUACGAAAUUAUAAAUAAAAUUAGAGUAUAUUUUUACAAA